AUGCUCGCCCUACGAUCGACCGUUGGUGCUGUUGCCAGACGGACACGCACGAUCGCAGCGCGAACUCCUUCCACCCUCAGUCGAACCAUUCCAAAAGCCGCCACUUCUCUGGCUCUUACUUCGAGUCGAGAAUAUUCAGCGCCGUCUACAGACAAUCUUUCCACCCGAUCGACCGUCGUACAGCUUCUGAGCAAUAUUGGUUCCAAAAGAGAGGUCCAGCAGUAUCUGUCCCAUUUUACGUCCGUUUCCUCGCAACAAUUCGCUGUGAUCAAGGUUGGCGGGGCCAUCAUCACAGAACACCUUGAGUCUCUCACCUCUGCCCUCGCCUUCCUCAAUCAUGUCGGGCUUUUCCCUGUUGUUGUACACGGUGCUGGACCACAACUCAAUAAGCUUCUAGAGGACGCUGGAGUUGAACCACAAUUUGAGGAGGGCAUACGAGUCACAGAUGGGAAAACACUUGCAGUCGCUAGGAAGCUCUUUUUGGAAGAGAACCUUAAGUUGGUUGAGAAGUUGGAGGAGAUGGGAAUUCGUGCUCGCCCGAUAUCGUCUGGUGUCUUUGGUGCCGAGUACCUGGAUAAAGAGAAGUACGACUUGGUCGGCAGGAUCAACAAGGUCAACAAGGAGCCCAUUGAAGCUGCCAUUAAUGCUGGAUGUCUGCCAAUCCUCACUUCCAUGGCAGAAACACCAGAGGGACAGGUCUUAAACGUAAAUGCAGAUGUUGCAGCAGGAGAGCUUGCUAGAGCACUCCAACCCCUCAAGAUCGUCUAUCUCUCUGAGAAAGGAGGUCUUUUCAACGCCGACACCAACGAGAAGAUUUCGGCCAUAAACUUGGAUGAAGAGUAUGACUACUUAAUGUCACAAUGGUGGUGUCGAUAUGGUACUAGACUGAAGAUCAAGGAAAUUAAAGAUCUACUCGACGGCCUUCCAAGAACUACCAGUGUCGCAAUUAUCCAUCCAGCUGAUCUCCAAAAAGAGUUGUUUACGGACAGUGGUGCUGGAACCCUGAUCCGACGUGGAAACAAGUUACAAACCGCCUCUGAUGUUUCCCAAUUCUCUGACCUCGCCAAACUCAAGGAAGUUCUAGUCCGUGACCGCGAAGGCUUAGACGCAAAGGCAACGGUUGAUAGAUAUGUUGACGGUCUGGGCUCUCACGAAUUUAAGGCGUAUUUCGACGAAGCGAUGGACGCUCUUGCAAUUGUUCACCCACCUUCAUCUAGUUCCUCUCUUUCCAACCUUGCAACUUUCACAAUCACAAAAUCUGGAUGGCUCACAAACAUUGCUGACAAUGUGUUUGCUGCUAUUAAAAAGGAUCAUUCCAAACUUGUCUGGACCGUCAAGGAAGACGAUGAGAAUUUGACCUGGUUCUUUGACAAAGCCGAGGGAAGUCUGUCUAAAGACGGGGAAGUUAUGUUUUGGUAUGGUAUUGAGAACGGCGAUGAAGUCAAGGAACUCAUGACUGAAUUCACACAACAUGGACGCUCGAUGCUAGGUGAUGCUAAUCUCGAAGCACGACUUCACAGAGCUGCCAGAGAAGCUUCAAACGGAUUGAGUGCCUCUCUUCAUCGUCAGAACGCGCCCAUGAGACAGCAAGCACGAGCUUUCUCGAGCUCCGCUCGCCCAACUUCGAAGACCGCGCGCCGCAGCGCACGUGUUGCUUCAUCUUCUCGUGGCUAUGCAACUACUACCAACCCAAAUCCUCCAUUUGGGAGCAAGAACUCGUCAAAUAGUCAACCAGCAAGAGUUGCCUUGAUUGGUGCCCGUGGAUACACUGGGCAAGCACUUAUCAGCCUUCUUAACUCCCACCCAAAUAUGGAUCUUCGCCAUGUAUCAUCCCGUGAGUUGGCAGGUCAGAAAUUGAAAGGGUACGAGAAGCGAGAUAUCACGUAUGAGAAUCUCUCCGCUGAAGAUGUCCGCCGGAUGUCAGAGAAGAACGAAAUCGACUGCUGGGUAAUGGCACUUCCUAACGGGGUCUGCAAGCCUUUUGUAGAUGCUGUUGAAGAGGGCAAAGGAUCCAACAACAGUGUUAUUGUUGAUCUUUCUGCAGAUUACCGAUUUGACAGCAAGUGGACAUACGGUUUACCCGAACUUGUCACCAGAUCAGACAUUGCAAAGGCUACUCGUAUCUCCAACCCUGGGUGUUAUGCUACCGCCGCACAGCUCGGUAUCGCGCCCUUGGUGCCGUUCCUUAGUGGUCAGCCUACUGUUUUCGGUGUCUCUGGAUAUUCUGGGGCUGGAACGAAGCCCAGCCCAAAGAACGAUGUCGAGAACUUGAAGAACAAUAUCAUACCGUACAGUUUGACAGAUCACAUCCAUGAGCGUGAGAUCAGCAACCAGCUCGGUGUUGAGGUGGCGUUCAUUCCGCACGUGGCGAUGUGGUUCCAAGGCAUCCACCACACUAUCAGUAUCCCACUCAAGGAUGCCAUGUCAAGUAGAGACAUUAGACAGAUCUAUCAAGAGCGAUAUGCCGGAGAGAAACUGGUGAAGGUUACGGGUGAAGCCCCAAGUGUCAAAACCAUCAGUGGAAAGCAUGGCGUGGAGAUUGGUGGUUUUGGCGUACACAGCAGUGGGAAACGAGUGGUGGUUUGUGCUACAAUUGAUAAUCUAUUGAAGGGUGCUGCUACACAGUGUCUGCAAAACAUGAAUCUAUCACUAGGAUUUGCCGAGUAUGAAGGUAUUCCACUUGAUUAG